ACAAAACAAAACAAAUAAAAUUUUAUUAAGGGAAACAAAAAUAAAUUCCUCGAGAGAUAGAAGUAAAAAAAAAAGAAGGGGAUUUUCGCAUUUGCCCUGAGCGAAAGAGAGAGAAUGUAUUUGACGAGUUCCAGGAGAAAUCAGAGCUAGAGAAAUCUAGUGGUAAUGGGGAGAGAACUUGUAGACAAACACAUGGAUAAGAAAGCGAAUAGUUUGACAGCUAGCUCGACGGGAUCUUCAGAUGAUAAUAAAGUCCCAAGUCCGUCUACUAAUGAAGCUGCAGAGGUGAAAGAAUGCACCGAGCAGAAUUUGGUUGCGGAUGAUGCUCGUUUGAGGCAACAAGGGAUAACUGAGACACCUGGAUCCCAUAAAUCUUCUGUUAAACCUCGUGUUACUGCGAAAACAACUGUUCCAAAGCCGUUUUCCCUGUCGGCUGAAAAGCCUAGAAGAGCAGCGGUUGAUAAUAAUUCAUUAGGAAAUGGUGCUAGCCAUAACUCUUCUUCAGCAUCAAGAGUUUCACAGCUAAACUCUCCUUUACCAACUAGGAGGAUACCAGAUCAUAAGAUGCACCAUGAUGAAGAAGAUAGUUUUUCUGUUGCUUCCUCAUCAGCUACAUCCAUAAGAAGUUUUAAACCCAAGAUAACGAUUGGAGUUGCUCCAACAUUUAGUAGCACAUCGCGACUGGAGAGACGAAGAGAGUUUUACCAGAAGUUAGAGGAAAAACAGAAAGCACUUGAAGCAGAGAAAAGAGAAAACGAGAAAAGGCUUAAGGAAGAGCAAGAAGCAGUCACUAAGCAACUUAGGAAGAACAUGGCUUACAAAGCUAAUCCGGUACCAAGUUUCUACCAAGAGGGUCCUCCACCGAAACAACCAUUGAAAAAGUUUCCAUUGACUCGGCCUAAGUCACCAAACCUUAACCGUAGAAAGAGCUGCAGCGACACAGUUAACGCAUCAUAUCAGGAAGUGAAGGGGAAGCAUUGUGCUCGACAUCGUCACAGUGUAGGUGGUUGCAAGGAUGAAGUCAAAACGAACAGUGUCCCAAGGACACCAAAUAGCAGCAGCAAAGAUCAGAUGAGAAAGUCCAAAAAGGGAACACCAAAGUCUGAAGAAGUACAUGAAAUGUUUAAUAGUGGCCAUGAUGGAGAGACUGGUGAGAAUGGCGUUGGUGUUGUGGAGGAGUGAAGCUUCGCGUAGUUGUAGUUUCGUUUUGACUAACUUUGGUGAAUGAGAAAAACAAGAAAAAUGGUGAGAAGCAACUGCAAGGAGAAGAACAGGUUUUAGAGUGAAAGAACAAGUUUAAAGUUUGUUUGUUUGUUUGUUGUCUAAUGUUCUGCAGAUUGAUUGUUCUAAAUUUGAUUGCUAAAAUCAGCUGCUCUAUUUUCGUAUGAUCUUUUCUUAUCUGUUUGACAAUUAAUGUGAAAUGUAUAUUAAAGUUGUUGUUGUAUGGAUCCCAAAUUCCCAAUUAUUAUAACUAGAUUAAUGGUUAAGCUGAGCGACAUCUAUUUAUAUAAUUUCAU